AUGUACUCUGAACAGUCUGAAGACAAGACACAAAAGUUAAAAGAUAUUAUAUCCUGUCAAGAGGAAAAAAUAUCAAAGUUAAAUAAAAAACUAGAAGAGAACGAAGCUUUAGUUUCCGAGAGAAAUGAAUUAAAAAAAAUUUGCAAACAAUUUGAACAAAAUAAAGAAGAUAGUUAUAAUGCCCAUAAGAAAUCGUUUAAUGAACUGUCAGCGACAUGUAACGUUCAAUCAGAAAAGAUUAAGAAAGCCAUGGAUAUAGCACACCAAUGGGAAUUGAAGAACGAAAAACUUGAAGAUACCAACAACUGUUUAAAUAGUCAAUUGAAAACUCUAAAACACAAUUCAAAUAAAUUUGAAUCACAGUUAGCAGAAACCGAAACAAUUUUGGAAAGUGUCCAGAAGCAAUUAUGUAUAACUAAAUCGGAAUUGGAAGAAAAUAACUGCGUGAUUAGCAAAUUGAAGACAAACCUUAAAUGUAAUGAACAGGAAGUCUGUAAAGUUCGCAAGGACCUUGAGGAAUGCAAAACAGCUUGUAAUAAAUUAAAUGAUACAAACGCGAUGUUGAAUAUGGACUUAAAAUGUACAAAGAAAAGUCUUUGUGAGACAACAUUAUGUGCUACGCGUAUGGAGGAAAAGUUCAUGCGAGAGCGAGAAAAUUUAGUAAACGAGUUGAAAAUAAGCUGCAAAAAAUAUAACGACUUAGAGAUACGAUACGAUGAAGCAAUGUGUAAAUUAAACGAUGAGAGAUGUAAAUCAAAAAAAUUUGCUUCUAAAUUAAUAGAAGUGAAUAAAGCGACUGCCAAAAAUCACUUAGAAGUGAAGAGUCGAAUACAUAGAUUACAAGAUGACAUUUGUGCAAAGAACAAUGAUUUAAGUUGCUUGAAAAAAAAAAUCAUGGAAUUGCAGGAAGAAAAUGAAUGUAAAUGUACAGAAAUAAGUGCACUGAAAAAUAAACUUAAUGAAAGAGAAUGUCAACUAAAACAAAUGAGUUUACUAUCAGAAAAAAUUGAGGAAAUCAAGUGCAAUGUUGAAGCUUGUUGCUGCCCCCCUAAGAAAUGCGAACCUGAGCCGCCUUGCUGUCCAAUAGAAAAACCCGAAACCGAUACAUGUUGCACAAAAAAGAAAUGCAAAAUUAUCCUUUGUUGUCCAAGAAAAAAAUCUGAAACUGAUCCUUGUUGUCCAAAAAAGAAACGCGAAAUUAGUCCCUGUUGUUCAAUAAAGAAAUGCGAAAUUAUUCCUUGUUGUCCAACAAAGAAAUGCGAAAUUAGUCCUUGUUGUCCAACAAAGAAAUGCACGACAGACAUGAAACCUAAAUGCGGUUUAUUCGACAGCAUAAGAGCUGUUACCCAAAAACAUAUCACAAAAUCAAGUGGAUCUAAUAACGAUAUGUACUCAACAGAAUUACAAAAAUUGAAAUGUGAUUUAGAAGAAUUACAAAAGAGUAUUGGCUUUUUUUCUUAA